AUGGCGUUGGUUAAUGGCCAACACUUUUGUAUUAAUGCAGGCUUUACCAGGAUCGAAAUUGAAGGGGAUGCAUUAAGCUUAUUCACACCUGUUGAUGCUGCGUUGGAUGAUCUAAGUGAGGUGAGGACUAUUUUAGAUGAAGCCAAUGACCUCAUCUCCCACUUUGAUUUUUGCAGUUGGGGUUUCAUACCCAGGUAUUCAAUUUGGUUGGACAGCAAGUUGCGUCUUCAACUUGACCCCUUACUCAUAUUGGAGUACUUUUUGUGGCGAAAAGGUCACGAGUGUGCAAUUUCGAAUCACUACGAUCGACACUGUGUAUGGGAAGAGGUUGCCCAGAAUAAAAAAUUGAACAAGUAUAACCAUACCAUCAUAGAUGAACAGUUUGCAUUCUACCAAGAUGAUGGUCUCACAAGAUUUAACGCAUUGGAUCCGAACAAGCUUCUUCCCAGCAAUGUACCAGAAGGUUCUUUUAUCAUCUGGGCACACACUCCAAUGUCAAAUUUGUUUUCCUGUCUUUGGUUCAAUGAGGUUGAGCGGUUUACUCCUUGGGAUCAGCUAAGGUUUGCCUAUACAUACCAGAAAUUAAGAAGGAUGAAUCCUGAAAAACCUUUUCGUCUUAAUAUGUUCAAGGUGAGAAUCUCUGUGGAAUCAUUCUUACAGCAUAUAAAUGGGAACAAAGUGAAUAAAUUAGACUCAAGUAAACCUACAGUAGCAAUUACCUCUCCUGAACAAUGA